AUUAUAUCUUGACAGUGAGGCUCAAUUAAAGGAUCACUUCUCUUCUUGUUCUUCUCUUUCCCCUGAUUUCCAUUCCCUUGACACUGUUACAUCAACGCAACACCCUCUUCUUUCCAAGCAUAACGACUGCAUAAUAGCUUAAGCCAACACUCUGUCUAAGGGAAAAUGGCAGGCUACCGUUGGGAGUUCUCCGGGGCCCAUGAGACCCACCAGCCUUUCAGGCAUUUCUUCAAGGUGAUUAUGGCAGGAGCCGUUCAAAGCAAGAAACUGAUGCUGCCGGGGAGGUUUGUGAGGACUUUCAGAAACGAGCUUUACGAUGAAGUGCAGCUGCAAGUACCAACCGGCAGAGUUUGGACGGUGGGUUUGACAAGAGAACGGGGAGAACACGGAGAACCGCAAGCGUGGCUGGAUUUCGGAUUCGGCCAUUUUCUGGAUUAUUACUCCAUCACCGACCAGGGCUAUCUGCUGAUGUUUGAGUAUAAUGGUUUCUCCAGUUUCAAAGUGAUUAUUUGCGACAAGUCUGCUUGCGAGAUUGUGUACCCGCGCCCAAUACCUCUGUCAUCUUCUUCCGAUGAAGAAGACGAUGAUGAAGAGGAAGAGGAAGAAGAAAGCACCGAUUUGGACUUUGGUACCAAGGAGACCGAUGAAGAUUCUGAUUCUGACACCAAUGAAGAAGUCCCCCGUAUGCUUCCUCGGAGGGAAAACGGCAGACGCCGUACUGCUUCAGGGUCUCGCCGGAAACCACCCACGGAACGAUCCGCCGGCACUUCUUCAGCAGCAGCAGCAGGGGAACGAAACAGGGGAAAGCGGCCAAUUCCGACGGAGGAGGAUAGUGAUGGUGCUACAGAGGACUCCCAAUCUGCCGAUGACUGGGAAGUAGGCAGGGGCAAAAGAAAGAGAAAACAAGCGGCGGGGAGCAGCAAUGGCGCUUCAGGGUCUCGACACCACCAGCCAACACAAUCCAGUGCAGCAACACGCUAUCUUGAAACUGCUUCAGGGCGGGACAAAGUUCUGUGGAGCAGGCUGCUGGCAUCGAAGAUCAUGUUCUCGGCCAAGUUCCAGCUGACUUUCGCGAAGUUGUCUCGAGUGAGCAAGAAAGGGAUAGAAAAGGCCAUCUCUUGCAACAAGCAAGGGAACCCUUCGGUAUUAAUGGUCAUGCAGAAAUUCAAUAUCCAUCCAGGCAUUAUGUACCUUCCCACGAAGUUCGCCAAGGAGUACUUCCGCAGAGAUUCUGAAACGAUAGUGCUGCGUGCCUUUGAGGGGGGAGAAUUCGUGGGCGAAUUCGAGAUUUGUACCACCAGAAACCACAAACAGGUCCUGCUGUUCCUGUGUUGGGGUGAGUUCUGUCAGGCCAAUUACUUGGUCCAAGGAGAUGUAUGCUUGUUGGAGCUCGUUGAUAUGAAGGACAAGGUUUUUCAUGUUCAUAUCUUUAGGGCCUGAUGGGUAAUGAAGAUUCAGUGGGAUUGUGGGAAUUUGCUGAUGCUACUUUAGGGUGAUCUGUUUCAGAAACUAAGCUAUCCUUUCAUUGUCUUAGACUCUUAGUGAUUUGAUGUACUGUGUCAUAUCCGUCGUGUUUGUUUCUCUACCAAACUCGAUAUUAGUCAUUUUAGUUUUGCUUCCACAGCAGUUUCACUUCAGCAGAUGGGGUUGCAUGUUCGAUUGUUACUGUUUCGCCAAGGGUAAUCAAGUAAGGCCAAUCUUGAACAGCUUUCCUGAUGGUUAUUUGGGGGUGUUGAUUUGGUGCC